AUGGACGUGCAGCAGGGAGAGUCCGCGGAUCCCUACACCUUCGAUGCACCAACCCAUGUCAUCAGUGAUUUUGCACUACAGGCGGAGGACAAUGCAGAUCAGUGGUUCGAUAGAGUAGCAGACCCUGUAGAAGGUGCGGUGGGCCAACUCAAGACCCCACUGAGGUUCCCUGCUGAUGGAGCCAAAACAGAUCUGCCCAUAAACAGUGUUACACCCAUGCUUAAGGCUGAGGACGCAAGCUCAGGUGAUGAAGGGGCCAAGGAUCCCCCCAGUAACAUUGUGACAUCAUGGGGUAGCAGUAAGCCAGCUGCUGCCGCCACCCAACCCCAGAGGAGGGCAGUCACAGCCCAGCCACGCAGAGUCUCAAAGCGUCAGUUAGCCAGAGCUGAAAAGCAGAAGGCUCCUGCGACUCCACCUGUAAAGAAGCAAAGAAGAAUCUUCCCAACACCUAAAAGAACAUUACAUCGACACCGAAGGAGCUCCACCCACCAACCCAUCAGACGCAGCGCAGGUGUGAGGAGUAGUGCCAGGCUGACCCGCAAAGCCACUGCAGCCACAGCCCAGUCUAGUGCUGCUACAACCUCCAACACUACAGAGCAGUGCAGGAGCACAGAGGAGCAGGAGAUGGAGCGUAUUGAGGCUUUGCAGAAGGAGGUGGCUGAACAGCGGCGUAAGAAUGAGGCCAGUUACAGAGCAGCACUGGCUGGUAGUCAGCCCUCAAAAAAGCCUGUGCUGUCAACUACCAUUCCCAAAGAGUUUAACUUCCGCCUGAACAACAGGCUGAGAUCACAUACUGACAGCACUGAUGCUGCCAGCAGCCCUCAGAAAGACUUCACCUCUCAGUUCCGCAAGCAUCCUGUCUCAGCCGCACCCAAGGGCACCACUGUCCCCAAACCCUUUAACCUGUCCAGGGGGAACAAGAGGAAGCUGGAUGAUGCCACUCCCUAUGUGCCCAUGGCCCAGCAGAUAGAUCAGUUCCAAAAUCGCACGCCAGCCCGCUAUCACAUGCGCAGCCGCCAGAGUCAAGAGAGAGGCCCAUCACCACUGAAGGUCGAUAAGCCAAAGGUCACCAACCCUAAGACACCCCAGCUGAUGACUCGACAGAGAGGUCGUCCUGUUUUGGCGAAGAGCUCAGCUGAGAUUGAGGCUGAGGAGGUGGAGAAGAUGCAGCAGUUUCAGUUCAAAGCACUGGAGCUCAACAGGAAGAUUCUGCAGAGUGCUUUGGUGCCCAAAAAGCCUCCAGUGAAGGAGAUUACAAAGCCAGAAGGCUUUAGCCUGGAGGUGGAGAAGCGCCUCCAGGAGAGACAAGUCAACAAGAGGCCAGAGGAGUCAGAGGAAUCAACCUUCCAUGCCAGACCCCUGCCUGUGCGAAUCCUGGAGGAGGUGGUGGGUGUUCCGGAGAAGAAGACUCUGAAUCCCACAGUGCCCGAGUCCCCUGCGUUUGCCCUGAAAAACAGAGUGCGUGUUGAACGGAAGACGGAGGAGGUGAAGCCACCUGCCACAAUCAAGGCAGCACCUGUGCCACACUUCCUCCCCUUCCAGCCCAAACUACCUGUGAAGAGUCAGGUGGAGAUGCAUCCCUUCUCUUUUGAGGAGCGAGACCGUGAAAGGAGAGCGCUGAAGGAGAGGAGACUGGAGGAGCUCAGACAUGAGGAGGUGCCCAAGUUCAAAGCUCAGCCGUUGCCUGAUUUCCAUGAGGUUCACCUCCCUGAGAAGAAACUGGCAGAGCCCACAAAACCUGCGCCCUUCAAACUGCUGAUCGAUGAGAGAGGGGCUGCCAAGAGUGAGCGCUGGGAACAGAUGAUGAAGGAAGAACUGAAGCACCAGGCUGAGGCAGCGUGCUUUAAAGCCCGACAGAACACAGUCGCUCACAAAGAACCCUUCAUGCCAAAAAAAGAGAACCGCUCACUUUUGGCCAAUACUGAUAAUUCUGUAGUUCCUGAGGGUUUCCAGUUGUCUACGGAGCAGCGGGCCAAGGAGCGACUAGAGUUUGAAAGAGCGGUCAGUGAGAAGGAGUCACUGAGGGCUAGAAUGGAGGAGGAGCGACUCAGAGAACAAGAGCAGCAAGAGAAGGAGGAGAUUGCCAGGCUGCGACAAGAAAUGGUUCAUAAAGCACAGCCUAUCAGGAGGUACAAAGAGCUGGAGCUAAAGAAGAGCGACGUUGCCCUCACCGUUCCUCAGUCCCCCAACUUUUCUGAUCGCUUCCGAAUGUAA